UCGUCUCGAAACGGCGCAAGAGCACACACGAGGGAGACAUGCCGCCCGGCUCCAGGCAACAGAAAUUCGUCCAGCGGCUGGCCACCGCGUUCCUGGCGCUCCUUCUGGUCGACCAGGUUUCGUCCACGGCCAACAGCGUCACGCUCCCGGCUCCCGUUUCCCAGACGCCGAGAAACAAAGCAGCAACGCCCCAGAGCGAGCUGCUCGGCGACGCGACAAGCUACAAGCAACGCCGCUACAGCAAGCCUACCUCGGCAGAGGCUGAAGCGCCACUGUUGCCAGCCACUUUCCAGCUGGAAGGAGUAUACGGCCGAGUCAGGAAGGGCAACCCAACUCGGGGAAGCAGCGUCAAGGUCCCCUACAGACACCGAAGUUCAGCCGGAGGCCUCUACGAAGGAUCUCAAGAUGAUACUUACGGCAGAAUCCGGUACGGCCACGGAGGGCCCUACCAGGACCCCCAGCCCGAGCCCCAACCCGCGCGGGGGUCGGGUGCGUACGAGGACGGGGUGUAUGCGGGUGAAAUGUACGCCCCUUACAGCCGGGGGGUAGAGUACGACAGGGAUCAUUAUAGCCAUAAGGCUCAAGGAGCCCAGGUCACCCCGGGGAAGAAUAUGUUUUCUCCUCCGACGUACGUCCGCAGUUCUUAUGUCCCGGCCCUGGUGCCGGAAGAUGACGAGAGGAGAGAUGAAGGAGGUUACGCUUCAGUCACUCGCGGUGCCAAGCCUCACGCUAACGAGUUCACUGGAGGCGGACUCGUGCAUUACUCUUACGGCAACACUGCGGGCCGUUACCCUAGCGUCCAGCCGGCAUACAACUACAGAACUCCACUUUCUAGUGCCAGGCCAAUCCACGGUGCUUACAGCGCGUUCGGCGAUUAUAGUCAUAGUGCCGUCCAGGACAGCAGUAGGGAGCUGGUACCAUAUUACAAUUCCGCGGGAUAUUAUAACCGGUUUGAUGUCGGCAGCUACAGACCCAUGGGCGGUUACGCUCAAGGGACCCGAGAGCAAGCAGACCCCAGCGGGUACGAGAAUAGCCUGAUGGACGAUGCGGGUGGCGCUUACGCGGGUGUUCACGCGGUGGAAACAAGCUAUCCUCGGCGCUACAAGCCCCAACCGAAGACGUCGUGGCAGCCUUUCAGCAACGCCGAGAGAAGUAGCGAUACGGCAAGGCCGAGCGUUGGUGGUUACCUGGUGGGUCUGGACUACGUCGUGAGAAGUCCUGGUUCCCACGGCUUUGGGGCGUCCCGGCCAAGCAAGACCAGCACCGGACACUACUGGCGCUGAGCGGAACUUUGCUUACAUACCUUUAUCGGCGAAGAAGCUGGCUGACGUCUAUAAACAGCCGAGUUUCAAUAAACCUUUAUCGGAAA